AUGGUUAUAUGCAGUUUGGGUUCUCGUGCAUUCGGCUCUUUGACUUUCAAUCUUCAUCACUAUGCUCAGUUUUGUUCCCCACACUCGUCUUUUCCACUGUGCACUACGGCGAUAAUCUCUUUCCAACUGCCCUUCUAGAAUCCUAAUCUUUUCAAAAUGGCUAAAACCCCUGAUUCUACGAGUAAAGAGAGUUUUGUCGAGGAGACUCGUCAACCUGCCGAUCUUGAGAAAGAUGCAAGUGCUGGUGGCGCUUACAUCGUCGGCGAAGACACCGAUGCAGAUACUCGAGGACUCAAAACAACAAAGAAUGGCAAGAUCGUUCUGAUCCCACAGCCUUCCAGUGACCCAGAUGAUCCACUCAACUGGUCAUGGAUGAAAAAGCAUACUGUUUUGCUGGCUCUUCUGCUGCCAUCGCUGCUCACGGAUUGGGGAAUGACCUGGGGCACAACCUUAUUUGAACUUCAAGCGGUAACCUGGAAGAUGAGCGUACCGGCCGCGGCAAGAAGUGUGAGUGGAGGCAUCUUCCUCCAAGGUCCAGGUGGAGUUCUUGCUGUUCCAUUUGUUCAGCGCUUUGGAAGAUUGCCUGUUUUGUUUUGGUCGCAAGCUUUGGCUCUGAUCAUGAUAAUUGCGGCUACAUUCUCCCCAAGCUAUGCAUCCUUUACAGCUUUCCGUGCUUUGCAAGGCUUCUUCGGUACUGCACCACAGGUGAUCGGACUCACCAUGAUUCAUGACAUGUUCUUUUUCCAUCAGCAUGCUGUCAAAAUCAACAUCUGGGCAUUCUGCUUCGUUAUCGGUCCAUACGUCGGUCCAUUCAUCUCAUCAUGGCUUCUCAUCAAGCUCGGCUGGGAAGCGGACAUGGGCGUCCUGGCGGGUUUUUAUGGAUUCUCAACUUGUUUGGUAGUCAUCCUCGGAAAGGAGACUCUCUAUGACCGCGAGAACAACCGUGUCCCUACCGCCGGCGCUUCAAGGAUCUCUCUUCUUACUGGAGUUGCUGGGGUCAAAGCCACGGGCAUGCCAAAAAUGAUGGAUGUAUUCAAGCACUUGUUUGAGCUGUUAAUCUGCCCGCAAUUGCUCUUGCCGUGUCUGUUUGUCUGCAUCCAGUUCAUGUGGGCAAUUGGAAUCGUUACAACCAUCACUCAAUUUAUCAAGCCACCACCGUAUUCCCUCAAUGACACAGAUGCAUCUCUAUUUUACCUUGCUCCUAUCGUCGGUUCAAUUGUUGGUGAACUAUGGGGCCACUGGUUCAAUGACUGGCUCUGCAACCGCUACAUUCGCACACACAAUGGCAAUUACGAGCCUGAAAAUCGACUCUGGGGUGCGUACCCCGGUGCCGCUCUUGCUCUUUGCUCCCUUGUCCUCUAUGGACAAACUCUGCAGCACACUCUCCCAGUUGUGGGCCUUGCAGCUGCGUGGGCCAUUAUGGCCUUUGCGCAAGUCUCAUCCACAACUGCCAUCUCAGCUUAUGCUCUGGACUGCUUCCCUCACCACGCUGCACUCGCCAGCUCGUGGAUCAAUUUCUGGAGAACUACAGGGGGCUUUUGCGUUACUUACUUCCAGACUCAGUGGGUCGCAAAGUCUGGGGCUGCAGUCACAUUUGGCGUUCAAGGGGCCAUUGUUGGAGCCUUCACGUUCUUUGUCAUCGCGACCCAGAUCUGGGGCAAGAAGUGGAGGGUCAAUCACGCACCGCCCGCUGCCGAAAAUUGAGUUUUCCUAGAGUCGAGACCUCUACCGGGAUACUGUCACUACACUGUUUUUCUAGGUUUUGGGAGAAAUUUAGUAGAGAUGUCUUUUCAUUUGACAACAUAUAUAAGUAGUUACCGGUUUUUAGUCGAUUCUGUUGGAUCCAUCCUAGUCGUACUUUGUGAUGGACUUGAAAUUUGAUGAAUACAAAGAUCCCUAUCAUUCCGCUAGCCCCUUAUAGCGUUUGUGCUUUUCAACGCAGCGGGCCUCACGCCUCUAUUUUCAUCUUAGUUUAUAUUAAGAGCGGGG